AUGGCAGGGAUGGCUGUUUCGAACAAAGACUUCCCCUUGACGGGCGUAUUCCAGAGACUCGUGAGAACAUUUAGGCUGACCGGAGUUCUUAUUGACCAGACCCCGUUGACCCAAAUGGCGGAGCAGAUGGGAGCAAUGCACAGCAUCCACCUCACCUCGGAUGUUACCCAUUUGCUUGUGGGUGACACAAACAGCGAUAAAUACAAGUUUGUUGCAAGAGAGCGCAACGAUGUGUUGGCAAUGAACCCAGAAUGGAUCGAGGCCGUACGACAGUCAUGGACACAGGGAGAGGACAUGGACAUAGAGGCGCUGGAAAAACAAUAUAGACUGGCAACUUUACAUGGCCUUAAAAUCUGUAUCACUGGGUUCUCAGACCUGCCCUUCCGAGCGUACAUGCAGAAGACAACAGAGGAAAAUGGAGCCGAAUAUCGAAAAGACUUGACCAAAACCGUGUCACAUCUCAUUGCGCGCGACUCGAGCGGCGAGAAAUACAAGUUUGCGACACAAUGGAAUAUCAAGGUCGUUUCAGUGAAAUGGUUUACCGACAGCAUCGAGCGAGGCAUGAUUCUGGAUGAAAAUAAAUACCAUCCGUUGGUAGCACCGGAAGAGCAGGGUCUCGGGGCAUGGAACCGUUCUUUACCGAUACAGAGAGCGCUUUCUCGAAGAGAAAGCACUACUACCAAAGAAAAUUCUUUGAAUCCAAGACCUCGAAAACUGCGCAGGAUUGCAAGCAUGAAGCUGGUAGAUCAAAACGAAAGCAUUUGGGGUGAUAUUGUUGGAACAGGAUUCGACAACAAUGGGACAAAUGGAAAUAACAAGGGCACCGAAGGUCGGCCUGAAGCUUCCAAACCUACCAUACAGGCGUACAAAUCGUUUGCCAGCGAGACUACGUUUUCCGAAAGCACCCAGCCUCGCCAGUCGUCAGUCCCAGUCCCAGCGAAAGACAAUGGUUUCCUACACGCCACAUAUUUCUUCAUCCAUGGGUUCUCUUCCAAGCAGACCAAGGUUUUGCGCGAACAUCUUACAUACAAUGGAGCUCAGUUGGUAGAUUCACUGAACGAGUUUUCGAGGCCCACUAUACCGAAAAUAGGACACGGCCUGUUCAUCAUGGUGCCGUACCAAACUCCCAGGUCUGAGAUUCCAUCCACGGAUGACAUGGCCUUUGAAUGUGAGGUUGUGACAGAGAUGUGGCUAGAGAGGUGUAUUGAUGCCCGCGCUUUUGUUCCACCAGAGUCUCAUGUGGCAAGCACUCCAUUCCCGAAGUUUCCUAUACCAGGAUUUCCUGAAAUGCGCAUUUGCUCCACCGGUUUUGGGCGUAUUGACUUGUUGCACCUACGCAAACUGGUAGAGUUGAUGGGCGCGACAUAUGGAGAUUUCCUGACACCCAAAGCAUCCGUUCUCAUUUGCAAUGACCCCCAAACCGCGAGUUUGGAGAAAUUGCGCCAUACAGCGGAAUGGGGAGUCCCAGCAGUGUCUGCUGACUGGCUUUGGAUAUCCAUCCAAAGUGGCCAAAAGAAGUUAUUUGAUCCCUAUAUUGUCCGCCGACAGACCUCCCAAAAUACCAAUAGCGCAGAGAACCUCGGUCCUGCCUCUGCCAAGCGAAAGCAGCCACACAAAACUGUUGACGAGCGGCAAACAGACUCACCACUCAACAGCUUUUCUGAGUCUACAAGGAACGACAGACCGGAAGGACGAGGCUCCGUGAAAGGAGCUACGAAGAAAACGGCAACAGUCGUGGGGGACGGUUUCGAGGACGAUGCACCAAAACCAUCUGUUACAGAAUCUAAAUCUCCAUCCCCGGCCAGAAUUCUAGAAAAGCAAGCCACAGAGGAGCCUAGCACAAAGCAGCCCACACCGAAUGGCGAUCCAGCACCCACUACUGGUCCAUCUGCACUGGACACCGCAUUGAGUGGGCUUCUUCAGCAAGCCCGAGCAGCCAAGUCAAGACAGCAGCCUGAAAGCACCACCAAUAUCGACGGAAGCAAUCCACCCCGACGGAAGCGCAAGCCCCUUCUAGGCCGCGCCACGUCUCAGUCUUCGACCCGAAUGCUGGAUAACCCCAAUCCUCUCUCGCGCGCCAGCUCAAUCGAUACACUCAACGACGACGGUCUUGGCAGCGCACUAGAAAGCGCUCACCCGACCAGAGACAACUCGCAAUCCAAGAGUAACGGCCGCGCGGAACAGAGUCUGUCAUCCAUGCUCAGUGGUGGAAAAUUCGAUUUCCUGAACGAUCGACUCCCGGCUCACACCGAGGAUGAAGACGAAGAAAACCAGGAGCCUCAAAUGACGCAGCUGGAUUAUGAGGAUCCCGAUGCUGCUGCCAUGAGAGCAGAGUUUCUCAAGAAUGCUGGGAAGUUACCCAGCAAAACGAAGAAUACUGAUGGCACAGGCGUGCUUGUUGGUGAGGUGCGGGAGCUGGAAGAUCUUGGAUGGGCCUCUGGGCGGAGGACUAGGAAACAUCCUGUUCGGGUCGAUGAUGAAUGA